UGUCAACAAUAUUUUUAACCCGUUAACGAUUCCCGUGGUGAUGAACCUUUCGUUGGGUUGGUUUUUCGUGUACUGCUUGAGACCGUUGCUGAAAUGGUUCUUGCGCAAGACGACAGGUCUGUGCGAGCUGCAGAGAAUCUGCUACGGCGAGGUGAGCGGCGCGCCGAGGAUACAACGCGUCGAGUACUCGUUGGGUCUCUCGAAAAGCAAGCAAAUUCGACAACUCAUCGAUCAUCUGAACGACAUAGCGGACCACAGACGGUUCACCGGCGCCAACGAGCGCGAGAUACUGAAAGGGGCCGUUGGCACCGUAUUGGCCGUUAAAAAAAUCAACCCCAAGGUGCAUUGCCAGUUCGUCAGCGCGUUCGGUAAAUGCGUGGAGCAAAUCUGGGGCUACCGGCAGUUGAUUGCCGAGGUAGAGGCGUUGCGCAAGACUCCGUUCGACGAGGACAGUUUCGAACACGAGCGAAUGCUUUAUGCCUUGUGGGAUUCGUUGAUGCCCGGCGAGAAACUAGAAGGAAGAGUGACAAAGCAGUGGCAAGACAUCGGGUUCCAGGGUGACGACCCGAAAACUGAUUUCCGCGGUAUGGGUCUGCUCGGGCUACAAAAUUUGUUAUUUUUUGCCACCGAGUACGGGCCCCCCGCGCGACACGUUCUCUCCCACUCUCACCAUCCCGAUUACGGCUACUUUUUCGCGAUAGUCGGCAUUAACCUAACGAAAAUGGCGUGGGUGCUGCUGCGCGAUGGGACCGCUAAAACCUACUUUUACAACGUAUCAAAGAGUCUCCCGACCCUACGGCUGUUUCACUCGUUUUACAGCUUUCUGUUCUACGAGUUCGACCGUUAUUGGAUGGGGCGCCGUCCUAAAGACAUUAUGGAGUUCGCGAACGUCAAGGACGGUUUCGAGAAGAGUAUCAGGGUCGCGUUGCUGGACUCACGGACUGUUUUCCGAAUUGCAUUAAAUGUAGAGAGUGUAUAACCGAUUUUUCGGUUCAUUAUUUGAGGUUAGGCUUUCGCCUGUGACUGUGACGUCAUAAUUUGUGAUUAGAUUUUGACUGUAUCUAAACAAAUUUCCCUGCCCUGUCAUUUCGCAUCGUGUCUACCUGAGUAUUUUCAAAGCGUUUUUCAAUUGAUGAAAGUAGUGGUAGUGUGGCAAUUAAAAAAAACUCGGAAAUUCCUAUUUUUUAUUUUAUAAGAAAGCGGUUAAUCAACCUCAAAUUAUGACUCGGCUCUUUACUGACUUCUGUGGAACGUUUCCCUGGGCGGCGAUUAGCUGUCUACGCACUGGUUAGGAAGAAAAAC